AUGGAAGGAUGCAAACCAAGGGUGACUCCAAGCGAACUUGGAGUCAAUAAGGCAAGUGCUGGGAAUUCAGACGAACCCGCUGAUCUCAAGUUGUAUCAGGAAAUUGUUGGGAGCCUAAUCUAUGUGAUGACAUCAACUAGACCCGACCUUUCCUUUAUUGUGACAAAGUUAUCUCAGCAUAUGUCAAAUCCUUCCAAUGUCCAUCUUUGUAUGGCAAAGCAUGUGCUUCGUUAUCUAAAAGGUACUAUAGAUAAUAAGCUCACUUUUAAAAAGUCUAAGGAGGGAUUGAGUAUGCACGGGUACUGUGAUGCUGAUUGGGGAUCAUCGGAAGACAGGAAAAGUAUUACAGGUUAUAUUUUUAAACUAUCAAAAGAUGGACCAGCCAUCUCAUGGAAAAGUAGGAAACAGCCAACGGUAGCGCUAUCAACCUGUGAGGCUGAAUAUAUGGCGCUAGCAGCUGCAGUUCAGGAAGCUAAGUUUCUUAGGCAAUUACUAGGGGAGUUCCUUAGCAUCUUUAUUCUCGAACCAACCAUAAUCCAUUGUGAUAACCAAAGUGCCAUUUUCCUUGCCAAAAACCCUGCGCAAAACCAGAGGUCCAAACACAUAGACAUAAGAUAUCACUUUAUUAGGACAGAAAUCCAGUCAAGAACUGUCGAUGUAAAGUACGUACCAUCUGAAGAGAACUUGUCCGAUCUCUUCACCAAGCCAGUCACAAGGCUCAAAGUAG